AUGAGCACAAGCAAGUAUCAAAGCAUUUUAGAAAGCAACGAAUUACCUGUAAAUUUGGAUGAAUUGCCAAAUUUCAAGAUUAAGGUUCCCUCUCAAGAUAUCUUUGCUAGCUAUUACUCUGCCAGCAGCGAUUCAGAAGUAUAGAUGUAGGUUGCAGUUUUAUUCAUAAAUGAAUUAGACAAAUUAAUUAAAGAAAAGAAUACUGAUGGUUUACUCGUUCUUUAUGACGUUUAAUUCAAUAAAAUAUGCUCUUCUGUCUUUAAGGAAUCUGCAUGGCCCGCUCCUCACGAAAUUGAAUUAUAUUAAGACAAAGAAAUCGACAUCGAUAUUGCUUAUCUUUAUAGCGAAUUGUGCUAUAGACACGCUCUUGCCCGUCUAUAAAAUUCAUUUGACGCUGAAUUAGUUUGCAACUCUUGGGAAAACUAUAAUGAUAUUUUUGAUACAGUUAUCCACGCAUAAACUGAAUUCCCUCUUCCUGUUCCUUGGAUUUGGGAUAUUAUUGAUGAAUACAUUUAUCAAUUUUAUUUUGCAUGCAGAUGGAGAUACACUAUCAAGCCAGAAGAUUAAGGUUUAAAGGAAAUUUUAGCUAAGGAUUCAAGAGAUUUGACUUUCUGGAAUUUAGAAAAUAUUAAUGAAAACUUCACCAGCGUUAUUUAAAAAUCAUAAAUCUUUGAAAAGGGAGUAUUGACUCUUAAGGAAGCUACCUCUACUUCUCACUAUUUCGGUUUCUUUACUUUAGUAGGUCAAUUAAGACUUAAUGUUUUAAUUGGAAACUAUGAUGCUGCUAUUAAGUCCAUUGAAAACCUCGAUUUUGACUCUUUGGUUAUCUUCUCUAAGGCUUUUCCUGCUUACUUCAAUCUUUUUUACUAUGCAGGUUUUGCUUACCUUAUGACAGGAAGAUACAAAGAAGCUGUUAAGGUUUUGGAAUCUGUUUGUCUUAUGAUGAAUAAAUAUAAGGCUUUCUUAACUAAGUCUUCUUAAUCUGAAAAUAUGAUGAAAUAAUUGGAAAAGGCUGUUUGUUUAUUCGCUAUCAGUUUAGUUUUCUACCCUAACAAAGCUUCUGAAAGCACUUUCUGGUAAUUUAAGGAUCUUGGAAUUAAGACUUCUAAAUAAAACAGCCAAAAUAGAAACGAAAAGGAAAGAAUUGUUGACAAGUUCGAUAAGCUCCAAAGAUACGACAUUUAAACUUUUAACGAAUUAUUCAAUUACGGUUGCCCCAAGUUGAUUGAACCCAUUUAGAGCUUAGAUAGCUUCAAAGAUAUCACUAACAAAAAUACUUCUGAUUUAAUAAUAAAUGCCAAGGAAAAGCUCACAAAGGAAUUUAAGGUUGUUUAAAAUCUUAACAACUUAGCCACUGUCAUGAAGUUAUAUAGUAAAAUUAACUUACAAAAGGCAGCUUCCAUAGUCAAUGUCUCCAAGGAUGAAUUCUUGAACUUAUUAAAGCAAUAUGAAAAGAGAGAAACAAGCGAUUUAUUGAAAACUCCAUUCGAACAAACCGUUCUUUCUCGUUUCUUUUUACCUACUCCUAUUCUUAAAUUCGAUAUUAAUGGCGAUAACAUUACAAUCAACGAAGUUGUUCCUGUAAAGAAUUAUACUGAGUAAUACUAAAAACUCAAUAAAAAAAUGACAGAAAUUUACUCAGAUGUCCUUAGUCUUCUUUGA